AUGACGACUUAUGUUCUUUACAGUCCUGACGGCGCAAUUGAUGAAUUCUUCAACUCGAACACUACUGUCACAAGACAGCAUUGCGAUGAAUACGCCAUUUCUCACGCUGGUGCUGUGUCCACUGCUUUACAGAUGCAAGGAGUGUGCAGCUAUACCGUGACAGUGGGGCCCAACAAGUCCAAGCUCUUCCAGUUCCGAGAUGAGAACUCUACCAUUGACAUGGGCAACAUUUCCCUUGCCAAAGCAAUCCAUCCCGAAUUUGUGGCUAGCUGCAAGUAUCUCGGUACCAUGGGCGAUUCGCGGCCAGUCUAUAUCUACGAGAUGGAGCAUCUUCCUGGGACUGCUCACAUAAUGGCGCGCAUUCUUCCAGACGACAUGUCCCGACAGCGUAACGCUAUCAAGGACUUUGCAAGGUUCUUUACACAGUCAUGGAACAAUGACCUACGGCCAUGCUCAGAUGCAACUGCAACAUUGCUUAUGGAGUUUCAAUCAAGUUUUGACCUCCUUGCUCGAAACCUGCCAUCUCGCUUUGCACCGAGCCUAGAAAGGGUCCGCAAGGAGCUCCUGUCUCUCUUCUCAAAAGCCCUCCCCUUUGUUCUUAGCCACGGUGACCUUAACGGGAUGAAUCUCCUCGUCAAUCCUAAAACCGGAAAUAUCACAGGGAUUGUCGACCGGGCUGAAUCAAGGAUUCUGCCGUUCGGCUUCGCCCUAUACGGGCUUGAGAAUUUUUUGGGCCGGAUGGAUUCAGAAGAAUGGCACUACUACGAUCGCUACCGUGAACUCGAGAGCCUCUUCUGGCAAACCUUUCGAGAGGAGGCUCAUGAUUUCUCUUUCACUGAUUUGUAUUUGAUCCGCGCUGCGAGGAUGGCUGAAUUAUUUUACCGUUAUGGAUUUAAUUCUAAUGUGAAAGGCGUAGUGCAAGGUGUGCGGAUGGACCAGCCGGAUGGUUCGCUCGCAUAUCUCGAUGCUUUCUGUGCUGCUGGUGAGUGGGCUCCUCUUGCCUGA